AUGCGCCGAACCCUGAGGUUUGGGGCGGGGUUCCUGCAGAACUUGAACGCCGGCAAGAACGGUUUCUUCACCUCACUAUGGAAUAAGCCGCAGACUCGUGACGAGCGCAUAAAGGAGUAUGUGCCGGAGGUCAUUGCGGAAAGUUUGGAAGAGCAGCGAGCCGUCUUGGAAGAGAGCACCUCGCGUGACGUUAUAGUGGAACUGGGCCACAAGGUGCUUCGGGAAAUUGAAAACAAGAGCCCCACGCCCAGUAUAGCUCCCCACCUGAACAAGAUUCUGCAAGAGUAUGGCUCAAAGGACCUUAUCGCUCAACGACCGCUUAGUUACCUGCUGUACCCGAGUUCCACGCUAAGUGGGGGGCAGCAGCCGAAUGAGCUUGUGGCCAACUUCACAGACAACUUCCGAGAGCUUGUCGAGGAAGUGGAGAGACACGGAUGCUCGGCGCGAGUCAAACCUACUAAUAGAGAUAAAAAAGAUAAGGAUACAACUAAGCAGGAGGGGGGAGAAGAGGCCCCUCAUGACGCUAGCAACGCUAAUAUGAACGGAAAAAGCUCGUCAGCCGCCUUGAAGUCGGGUCCUGUCAUUAUGGCAUCAAAAGACGAGCAUGAGCCCAUGGAUGUCACGCUCUUUGUAAGGGUGCUUUCGGCCAUGGCUCUUGCCAACGUGCAACAUGGGGACUGGAACAACGCUGUGCGCUGCGUGGAUGUGGCCCUUGAUCACGUUAAGGAUCAGUCGCGUUUGGGAGGGCUGCUUGGGAUGAAAGCCGGAAUAUUGGUUUACCAGAAAAAAUACGAGGAGGCGGUGGAGUAUGCAAACUUGGCCGUGGAGGCGUCAGGAAAUAUUCAGGGUUACAUCCAUGGAGCUUUUGCGCUGCGGAUCUUGAAAAGGCCUGGGGAGGCAGUAAAACUUCUUGAGAAGGGGCGGGAACAACAUCCAAUGGACACCCAGCUUCUGGCGCAGAUGGAAGGAGCGCAGAAGGAGUUGGAACAAUUGGCUAAGAAUGAGAAGAAGAUGAUUAACCCCUGA